AUGUCUUUGGAUGAGAGCAUUGACCAGCGCCAUGUUGGCCGCCGUUGGGGUGGGAGACAAGACCGCCAUCAAAACAAGGGUGAUGCUCACCUAAGGCAGCCCUCUUCGCCUCGUCUAAUCCCAAAAGCUUCUUGUCCGUCGACUAGUCGACGCGAUGGCCUAAGCCGUGUAGAAGAGGUGCUAAACGCACACCUGAUCCGUCGAGAAACGAGAGCGUCUUCAAUUUCGUGCAGUGAGAAGGUCGCGGAUGAGGCGAUCAAUAAAGAGCCAGUGACGACUAACAAAGGGAAAGCAUUGCCUCCUCUUUGA